AUGGCCGGGUCCCCUCUGCUCCUCACCCUGGUCGCUCUCUGCACAGGAUCCUGGGCGCAGGCUGUGCUGACUCAGCCGUCCUCCGUGUCCGGGUCCCCGGGCCAGAGGGUCAGCAUCACCUGCUCUGGAAGCAGCAGCAACAUCGGUGGUAAUAGUGUGGGCUGGCUCCAACAGAUCCCAGGAUCGGCCCCCAGAACCCUCAUCUAUGGUAGUACCAGUCGACCCUCGGGGGUCCCCGACCGAUUCUCCGGCUCCAAGUCUGGGAACACAGCCACCCUGACCAUCAGUUCGCUGCAGGCAGAGGACGAGGGGGAUUAUUUCUGUGCAACUUAUGACGACAGUAUCAGUGGUAACACGCCUGGGCUGGCUCAGCCCGCCUCCCUGUCCGCGUCUCCGGGAGCAUCAGCCAGACUCUCCCGCACCCUGAGCAGCGGCUCCACGGUGGAAGCUCAGACUGUGGUCCAGGAACCGCCACUGUCAGUGUCUCCAGGAGGGACGGUCACCCUCACCUGUGGACUGAGCUCUGGGUCAGCCACUACCUACAGCGAACCCAGCUGGUACCAGCAGACCCCAGGCCAGGCUCCCAGAAAUGUUAUCUACAGCACCAACAGCCGCCCCUCUGGGGUCCCUGAUCGCUUCUCUGCCUCCACCUCUGGGAACAAAGCCACGCUCACCAUCACGGGGGCCCAGCCCGAGGACGAGGCUGACUAUCACUGCUUACUGUACAAGGGUAGUGGUACUUACAGCUGCACAGAGAUGGGAGCCCAUGGGGAA